CCUUCGGAGGAUAAGAUCCUUAAGUAUAAUAUAGACAAUUUUAAAGGCUAUACUAGGGGAGCGGAUUCUUUCGGAAAGACCUUACUAUACGCUAAAUAUUACUAUUCGGGCGUAUUAAAGAUAGGCUUUAUAUUAUAUCUCUACCGUUACUACUUAAGGUAUUAUAAAUCUACCUACGGAUUUAUAUAA